AUGUUUGAAGCACCCACAUCCGGAGCAGUCGCCCUGGAGCCACACAAAGACAAUGAUGCCCAAGAGACUUGUCUCCAAAACACUGAGUCCAGCUCGCUUAAACCAACAUUAAAAGAGAUGAUGGUGGAUUUCAUAAUGAGGCUCAAGAUCCACGGUGUGAAGUAUGUCUUCUCUUCGGACAAGUCUAAACUGCAGCGAGUCGUCUGGAUCAUGGCCUUCUUCGUUUGUGUCAGUCUCCUGUGCACCUGGUCCUGGAAUCGAAUCAUCUACCUGCUGUCCUACCCUGCCGUCACGAAGAUCUACGUGGUAUGGGCUCACAACAUGUCCUUCCCAGCUGUUACUUUCUGCAAUAAAAAUGUGUUCCGGGUAUCCUCUCUGACCAAGGAUGACCUGUAUCACAGCGGCUACUGGAUGGACCUCAUGUAUCCUAAUCACACAGUGAUGGAGAGGAGCCUGUCUAUCAUUAAGGACAGCCACAAGCAGGGUCUCCUGAGCCUGCUGGACUUUGACAACUACACCCCGUCCCCUGAUUAUAGCAUCAACACCACCGAGAUGAUGGGACGCCUCGGCCACCAGUUGGAGGACAUGCUGCUGGUGUGCAGGUUCCGAGGGGAAACCUGCACCUACAAAAGCUUCAGCACUAUUUACACACGCUACGGAAAAUGCUAUACAUUCAACUCUGGAUUAGACGGCAACCCUUUGUUGACCACGUUAAAAGGUGGCACAGGGAACGGCUUGGAGAUCAUGUUGGAUAUUCAGCAGGAUGAAUAUCUGCCUGUUUGGGGAGAGACAGAUGAAACCUCCUACGAAGCAGGCAUCAAGGUUCAGAUCCACAGCCAGGACGAGCCGCCCUUCAUUGACCAACUGGGAUUUGGUGUGGCCCCUGGUUUUCAAACUUUUGUGUCAUGUCAGCAGCAACUGCUUCAGUACCUCCCUCCGCCUUGGGGAGAUUGCAAGUCUACUCCCAUAGACUCUGAAUACUUCUCCACGUACAGCAUCACCGCCUGCCGCAUUGACUGUGAAACCCGGUACCUGCUGGAGAACUGCAACUGCAGGAUGGUUCACAUGCCUGGGACCUCAACAGUUUGCACACCUGAGCAGUACAAAGACUGUGCUGACCCAGCUUUAGACUUUUUGGUAGAGAAAGACAACGAUUACUGUGUCUGUAAGACCCCCUGCAACAUGACUCGCUAUGGCAAGGAGCUGUCCAUGGUUAAGAUCCCCAGUAAGGCAUCUGCUAAGUAUCUGGCUAAGAAAUUCAACAAAACUGAGCAAUAUAUUGGAGAAAAUAUAUUGGUCAUGGACAUCUUCUUUGAAGCUCUGAAUUAUGAGAAGAUAGAGCAGAAGAAGGCCUAUGAAAUUGCAGGGCUUCUCGGUGACAUUGGAGGUCAGAUGGGGCUGUUUAUCGGAGCCAGUGUCUUAACAAUUCUCGAAAUAUUUGACUACCUAUAUGAGGUGAUUAAGGAUAAGGUUUUGGGCUACUUCAUACGCAAGAAACGACCACAGCGUUGUCAGAGCGACAAUCUGAGCACCUGUGACACCCUCCGGAGUCACUCGGACAGUCUCGGAUUCACGCCGAACAUGUUACCUCGUCACCCGACUCUAGGCAACUUUGAAGAGUUUGCUUGUUGACAACAUAAAGUAGGGGUUGGGGGUGGGGUGGCACAUCUGGGGACUUGACGGCAAACUGUGAAAUAAUUUAUGUAUUUAACGGUUGAGUGUAUAACUCAAAAACAUAUACAUGUAAUAGAGUUUAUCAAUGCCUGAAUAGAAAUAGAAUACUAUCAUCAGAAAAAAAAGAGACCACUUCCAAAACAGAACUCAGGUUUAACUGCCAUGUCAAGGCAUCAGUGUUAAUUUAUUCAUGUUUCAUUUCGUGGAUUUGUUUUUCUUAUGCAGUCAUUUUAGAGUUAUACAAUCAGUGACGAGAAAUGGGUCCAAAAAAGGCUUUCCGACCUGUGAUGAGAUGUAGUACUGUUGUGCAGGUUUUGCUGUACACCAAUUAUGUGUAGCAUUGCAGUUUCUCAACAGUGUUACGUCUCCAGCAUCUAACUAAUGCUGUAUUGAGUGACCUUAUACUGUCACCAGUUUGAACAGGAGAGCCUUUUCAGAAAUCUGCUCGACUUGCUCAUACCUGAAUCAAAACACUAUACUGGUGUUUAAUGUUGCCUUUUGCUGCUGUGAGGCUUUGGAUUGUCUCAUAAAUUAGACGACUGUGUUAAAUCAAUUUAAAAACGGAAAAGGAACUUGAUUAUUUGUAUAUAUGCAAGUAUCUAGUUUUGAUUUACGUGGAUGGCGGUAACCGCUGAAUUGGAUGGGUUUGUUGACUUAAGUCACUUUUUACACACAGUAAGGGUAAAAAAGGCUGUUGAUUGUAUCUUUAUUUAGCUGACGUGUCAAUCUUCAUUGUUUUCCCAUUUUGUGGGAUAGUGUUGCUGUGCUGACUGUCACAAAAAAAUGCUAGCAUGCAGCUUACUGCAGAAAUUCUCCUUUAUUUAUUUACAUUGAAUUCACCAGAAGAGGAACAAUCAGGUUUUCGUUUUUGCCUUUUUAAUAAUUCUCAAUUAUUUUUUCAUUACUAUGUCUUAAAGGUGUUCAUCAGCACAAUCCCCUGUGAUAGUAAUCUAUUCUCUAUUGAACAUACGUAGACUUUAAAUGGCUCGUUGGUGACAUUCCUAGACUUGAGAGAAAUUUGUAAAUACAAAUAAAAUCAAAUGCCAUUAAGAAAUUCUAUACUGCUCGUGUGAGACAUUUGUCAAAAAUAUAUGUAUCAAUAUAUCGAUAUAUAUAUAUAGAGAGAGAGAAAUAAGUGUUUUUUCAUCUGUUCUUACACCAAAAGGAAUUUGGAUUUUCUAUCUGGGUGGGCCGUAAGUGUCUUUGAGUUUCUGGUGAUUACAGUAUAAUGUGACUGACAACUAAAUAGACUUUAUUAGAUACAAGAGAAUUGCCUCAAAACAUCAAAACCACCACGCACCUCAGCCCCAUUCAGUUCAAAUGAUUUAUGACAGAAAUGCAUUGUACAAUUUUACCAUUGUAUCCUUUUAUUAUUAUUAUUCCAGAA